GAAGAAAGGCCAGUCAAUUCUUAACCGCGGUCAAAUAAAUAUAGCGAUGAGUCUUAAGAUGUCACAUAAAAUUGGAAGUAAUAUUGCUUUUCGAUUUUGGCUUCUUCUGUUUUUAGUACACGUUUCAUAUGGCCUCAACUUAGGACUAAUCUCCGGAGACCUCAAGCGUACUUCUAAUCCUCUUAUUAUCAGAAAGACUUCACACCACUCCCCAGUGACUAUAAAUAUAAAAUCAGGAUUACCCAAACUACCUGCUGUAAUUCCCCCUGUAUUCACACCUAAGAUAUCUAAAAAACCUUCUGCAAUAAAAACAAAGAAAAAACCUCUUUUAACUAAAGCUCUUCGCUUGCGUAAAUUACCAAAAUUACCUAAGUUGCGAAAAUUACCAAAAUUACCAAAAUUGCGUAAAUUACCUAAAGUGCCACGGACACUUAAAUUACCAAAGAUACCUAAAUUACCUCUGUUGCCGUUAAUACCUCCCUUACCUUUAAUACCAAAAUUACCAUUCUUACCAUUGUUACCGGUUUUACCUCCAAUGCCACUUUUACCAAGAUUUUCCAAAGUGUUAAAACCUAUCCGCAUACCGAUUUUAGGUAAAAGUACCUUAAAGGCAUUAGGCUCGGAAAUACGUCCAAUUCGUGUUCCUGCUCCUAAUUUAAAAAGAAACAUUUUGGAAAAGCUUGUUAAGCUAAGAAAUGAUGGAUCUCUCACCACUGCUGAAUUUAUUCGUUUUAAGAAACUUUUGUUGUAAUAGUAAAUUAUACUAGAUUAUGAAAAAAAUAACUAUUUAUUUUUAUUAUUUGGGUAAAUUAAAAUGUAAGGUAGUUAAUAA